AUGAACCUCCGCGCUAUCGCCGCUGUCACUGCUGCCUCGCUGAUAUCCGUCGAGGCGGGCGUUAUUGGCCACGAUCAAGUGGUUCCGUUCCCGCAGUCUGCCGCUACGUCCGCCGCCAACAUCGCCGCCCUCAAGUUCAAGCUCCAGAUCUUCAUCAACAACGGCUGCCACCCGUAUCCUGCCGUGAAUGCUGCGGGAGACACGAGCGGUGGACUCAAGCCUAGCGGGUCUGUCAAUGCCGGGUGCAAGGGAUCUGGUUACGGGUCGCAGGUGUACGGCAGGUCAACGCUAUACAACAACAAGCACGCGAUCAUGUACUCGUGGUACUUCCCCAAGGACAACCCCGUGACUGGCCUGGGCCACCGCCACGACUGGGAGCACGUCAUCGUGUGGAUCGACAACCCGGCGUCGAGCAACGCCACCAUCUUGGCCAUGACUCCGUCUGCGCACAGCGGCUACUCGACGUACGCGCCUCCGCCCGCCACCAUGGUGGACGGCACCAGCGUCAAAGUCGAGUACACGUCGAGCAAAGUCGUCAUCAACCACCACCUGGAGGGCACGUCGACUGCAGGAGAGACCCAGAACCUCAUCAUGUGGGAGGAUAUGACGGACGCUGCACGGUACGCGCUCAACACCACAGACUUUGGCAGUGCCAACGUCCCCAUGAAGGACGGUAACUUCAUUUCGAAGCUGGGCAAAGCGUACCCGUGGAAGUGA